CACAUGCGCAAUAUCCAUUUGUUACAUGGCGGGAGUUGAUGUCUAAUUUUCUUAAGACGAAGUGACUUGGGUUUAUUUGAGAUUGAAGAGCGGUCUACGACAAUUAUCGGCAUGGCAAGUGAAGAAACUGACCCAGUCUGUGACGAUGAAAUCGACAUAGUCGAUGUUGAAGAGAACAUGAAGUAUUUGAAGCCAUUACAAGAUGAAAAAGAACGCCGUGAAAUUCGACAUAAAUACAGAACAUUUAUUGAAGAUAUGGAAAGAGAUAAACAUGAUCUUAUUAAUCCAGAAUCAGAUUCCUUGAAUGAAAGAUUGAAACAAGCAGAUGAAUUAUAUAAACCAGUUAAGAUGACAAGAGAGGCGGCUCUUGACUCACAGGCUUUGGUUCUCAUUGCUAACAUGGGUCGACAGAAGGCACAGGCAUUAAACACAGAGUUUGUCAAGUUUCAACCUGUUGAAUUUGUUGAAAAAUUGGUAGCGAAAACCUUUCUCUGUGGAAAUGUGCUUGAAGAUAGAACUAUUUCAACAGAAAAAUGGAGCAGCUUAGGGAAAGCUGUUCAGCCAUCAUUUAAGCGCUGUCCUCCAUUUAGAUUCAUCAAUGGGUCUUUUGAAAGAGGAGAGGUACGAGUUGGUAAAGAGAGAGUCAAGAAAAUAAAAGAGAAAGAUAAUACAGUAGAUAAAGCAACAGUUCCAGUACAGGUUCAAAGAGUUCAAGAUACUGAUAAAAUGGAAGCAACUACAGCGGAAGUUGAACGUAUAUUUGCCAAGUUACAAGAAUGUUACAAAAUUUCUAAAAAUAAUCCAUUGUGCUAUUUUGAAUUUGUCACCAAUCCAUUUUCCUUUGGUCAAACUGUGGAGAAUAUUUUCUAUGUUUCAUUUUUAGUAAGGGAUGGUUUGGUUAAAAUAUUUUUAGAUGAAGAUAAACUACCAGUGAUAGAACCAGUGAAUAAUAAAGAAACUGAAGGAAGUGAUAAAUCAGAGAAAAAUAGACAGGUCAUUGUGUCCGUGACACCUGCUGAUUGGAAGGAAAUUGUGAAAACUUUUGGUAUCACAGAUUGUGUUAUUCCCAACAGGCCGUCAGCAGGUGUGGCGAAAAAAAAUAUGAAAUAAUUUUAAUUAGUGGAGGUGUUAAUGAUGAUUGUUUUUGUGCCAAAUUUUUCUAUAGCUGUGAUGGGAAUCGGAAUAAGUGCUGAAUUGAUCAAGUUAAAGAUUAGCUAGAUAUGUAAAAUGGUUACUAGUCUUGGAUGUUGCCCCUCCCUUUUAUCUUGAAAUUGGUGCAUUUAGAAUUUAAUCUAUAGGUUCUAAUGAUUUAUAUGGGAGCAGACUUAAUGUUGUUUUGAAUAAUGAACAAGAAAACUGUCCUGGUAAAGCCAUAAUUUUUACAUCGAGUGUCAAGUCAUCAUAUUUAUGAAAAUUUUACAGAAAUGUGAACUCUUACACGAAUCGUUUCGUUCCACAGUUUUUUUUAAUCACUUCAAGCUACUUUUAGCCUCAUCCAGGAAGAAACAGGCUUACUUUUUUCACAGCAGGCUUACCUAUAACUUAGAUUUAGAAAGUUGUUUCUUCUGCCCAUCAGGCGGGAGAGGGUGGAAAGUCCAUCUUUCAUGGUGUAUAUAUAUUUAUGUUGAACAUAGUGUGUAUAUAUUAUUUACACUUUUGUAAUAUUGAUAAAAUGUGUAUAUUGAUAAAAUAUUUACGAUUCUAAA